GUUCGUUCAGUCGCAUCGACAGUCUCCAACAAACCCGCUUCCCAGACAUUCGACCACGCAGCGUUGAAUAUCCGAGAAGAAGCUGGGAACACCGCAGCGGAUGUAGCCAAAUCCAUCGCAGGAGGAAGUCAUAUCCCUGCCUCGGAUCAUUCCUUUGUGACGAUAACGUCUUCCAUGGCGUCGACUGUCCCGAAACCCGUGAUGGUGUUUGGGUUACUCGGGACUAUACCGUAUGUUGGAGCUGGUGCGACGACGGUGUACCUCGCGAGUGUCGCUGGUGCUGCGGCAGCAGGCCACCCAACAUCCAUCGACCCAGGUGUAGCCUUAACGAUGCUCGACCAAUCCCUCAACAUCCAAGUCACCUACGGCGCAAUCAUGUUAUCCUUCCUCGGUGCUCUCCACUGGGGAAUGGAAUUCGCCACUCCCCGCCCUACCCAAUCCCAAUCCAUCCGUCGUCUCCUCCUCGGUGCCGCACCCCUCUUCCUCGCGUGGCCGACACUAGGGUUACAGCCGAUGACUGCGUUAGUCGUGCAGUGGGUGGGGUUCACCGGAUUGUGGUGGGCCGACGCGACGGUGUGUGGGAUGGGGUGGACUCCACCGUGGUAUUCCCAGUAUCGGUUCUAUCUCUCCGUGCUGGUGGGGGCGUGUAUUAUUGGUUCGCUCGCGGGGACGUCGUAUUAUGGGCCUGUGGCGGGGCAUGGGUUUAUUUCGAGGGAUCUCGAACUCACGAGGGAGAUGAGGAGGGAGGUUAAAGGGGAGAGGGAGGGGACAGUGCCUGGGGUGGUCGAGGCGGUCGAGGCGGGCCCAAAAGACGGGGCGUAUGUCGUGUUGAGGAAGAGG